AUUAUUCCAACUUGUAUGGUUGAAAGCGCGUCUGAAAUUGUACUGCAAUUCAGUUUCGUGAGAGCAACAUUUGCAUUUCAGUUACAGUUUUUUUUUUCAAUGACACGCUACUUUUUGUUACAGAUUUUUGGAGCCGCCAACAAUGAAUCCACGAAUCGUUCUGACACGACACCUGGCCAUUGCAUAUGGUAUGGGGAAUGCUUCAAAAAGGGUCAUUACAUGAAAAACUGCCCUUAUUCUGGGCCAGCGAAAGCUUUAAAUAAUGCUACCGCGUUAGAAAAAAUGAAAAAAAGAUGUCCCGCAUUGGCUUCAAAGCCGCUGUGUUGCAGCCCCAGCCAAAUUCUUAAUUUCGACCGCAAUUUAGGAAUAGCUGAAAGUUUGUUGAGCAGGUGUCCGGCUUGUUUCAACAAUUUUCUCCAACAAAUUUGUGAAUUGAGCUGCUCGCCAAUACAGUCGACUUUUAUGAAGAUAAACGCCACUGAAACGGAUGAAGCUUCGAAUACAACGUACAUCACGGCUGUCGAUAUUUAUUUGUCCAACCAAUACCUGGAGAGCGCUUUCAAUUCUUGCAAGCAAGUUAGCAUGCCUCAAUCUGGUAUGAAAGCAUUGGAUAUGAUGUGCGGUGGUUGGGGUUCCACUAGAUGUACACCUCUAAGAUGGUUCGCUUAUUUGGGUAGCAACAGUACUCCUCAAGUGCCUUUCCAGAUGAACUAUUACAGUGGCGCCGGUCCCAAUAAUGAUUUCGUACCGUUGAACCCACCUACAGUAUCCUGCAAAACGGCUUUGAAUGAUAAGUCGCCAGCUUGCAGUUGCGUCGAUUGUGAAGAAAGUUGUCCUGUUCCACCACCAGAACCCCCUGCACCACAGCCUUUCAGAGUUGCUGGUUUUGAAGGUUACGCUUUUGUAAUGGUGGUAGUUUUUAUAGUCGGAUCUGGAAUAUUCCUCUUGGGAAUUUUUGCUUGUAAGGAAGGAAAUGACCUGGGAAGCAAUAGAUUCGACUAUGAGCGAGAACAAUUCCAAGCAGACAUAGACGAUAGAGCAGAGGAUCGCCAAGUGGGUUUGAUCAAUGGACAGAGAUCUGACGAGUUGAGGGCUACACGUAAUGUGGGUAUGGCUGACCACCAUUCUUCCCAAGUGGCAUCAGGAGAGGGUGAAGAAAGCCCUCUCCAGUCUUCAAAACGAUCUAGUGUGCCAUCAGAUGCUCACGAAAUGGAAACACGUUCUGUCAAUAAGACGACUGAUUAUGAUAAUCCAUCAUCAUUUAUUGAAAAACUGGGAGCAAAUACUGAAUCAUUACUUCAGAAAUCGUUUGAGAAAUGGGGAACCUUCUGUGCAGAGAAGCCAUGGCUGAUUUUAUUUUUAGGAGCCUGUUUUGUAAUAGGACUUAGUCAUGGGAUGAAAUAUUUGAAGGUAACCACAGAUCCUGUUGAACUAUGGUCAUCUCCAGUAUCUCGAAGCCGCAUCGAAAAGGAAUUUUUUGAUAGCCAUUUUGAGCCAUUCUAUCGUACAGAACAGCUUAUCAUUAAAGCUGUAGGACUUUCUGACAUAUACCACAAUACUUCUGAUGGAAUCUUGAAGUUUGGUCCUGUCUUCAAUGAUACUUUCCUCAAAGCAGUCCUGGAUUUGCAACAGAAAAUCCAAUCAAUUGGCGAGGGAACGUCUUACAGUUUUGACAAAAUUUGUUUUGCUCCUUUGAGGGCAGAAGGAGAUACUAAAACUUCCGUGGAUGAGUGUACAGUGCAAAGUAUUUGGGGAUACUAUCAAAACGACAUUGAUACUUUUGAAGAAACUGGAGAAGAUCCACUUCAUUAUGAAACAAACUAUUUGGAUCGAUUUGUCAAAUGUGCUGCUAAUCCGUUUGAUCCCGUUGACUGUUUGGCUCCAUAUGGGGGUCCGGUAGAUCCAGCCAUUGCACUUGGUGGAUUUCUUGAGCCAGGAGAAAGUCUUGCUAGUAACUCAAAUUACAAGAAUGCUUCAGUUGUCAUAUUAAGUUUCAUUGUCAACAAUCACCACAAUAAGUCUCUGCUGUCACCGGCUUUAGAAUGGGAAAAAGAAUUCAUAGCUUUUAUGAAGAACUGGACCAGUACUGAAAAACCUGAUUUCAUGGACGUUGCCUUCACUUCAGAACGAUCUUUGGAAGAUGAACUAGAUCGUCAAGGUCAAUCCGAUAUUAUAACCAUUCUGAUAUCUUACAUGAUAAUGUUUGCUUACAUAGCGAUUGCGUUGGGACAAGUCAACAGCUGUUCUAGGUUGUUGAUAGAUAGCAAAAUAACUUUGGGUUUAGGAGGUAUCCUCAUUGUACUGUCUUCAGUUAUUUCAUCUGUUGGAAUAUUUUCUUUCAUCGGUGAGCCAGCUACCUUGAUUAUCGUUGAGGUUAUUCCUUUCCUAGUUCUGGCUGUAGGAGUUGAUAAUAUAUUUAUCCUAGUCCAAACCCAUCAAAGAGACAGCAGAAAACAGGAUGAAACUCAUUCACAGCACAUUGGGCGAAUUCUUGGACAAGUCGGACCGUCAAUGUUGCUUACCAGCCUCUCUGAAAGUUUUUGUUUCUUUCUUGGAGGUCUUUCCGAUAUGCCGGCAGUCAAAGCUUUUGCUCUAUAUGCCGGUAUGGCUCUAUUAAUUGACUUUAUACUUCAAGUUACUUGCUUUGUAAGUCUUUUGUCAUUGGAUACAAAUCGUCAACAGGGCAACCGAUACGAUGUUUGUUGCUUUAUCAAAGGAACAAAAAAAAACGAGCCCACCCCUGCCGCCCAGGAAGGUCUUCUCUAUACUUUCUUUAAAUCUGUGUAUGUUCCAUUCCUGAUGAAAAAAACAGUGAGAUGUGUGGUAGUCGUAAUAUUUUUCGGAUGGCUGUGUUCGUCUUUUGCAGUAGUUCCUCGCAUAGAAGUUGGCCUUGACAAAGAACUAUCUGUGCCAUUGGAUAGUUUCGUUUUGAAAUAUUUCCAAUAUCUGCAGGCAUACUUGAGUAUUGGGCCACCAGUCUAUUUUGUGGUCAAGGGCGGACUAGAUUACAGUCAGCCGGAAUCUCAAAAUUUGAUAUGUGCUGGACAAUUCUGUAAUCCAGAUUCACUAGUGACCCAAAUAUAUAUUGCUAGUAAAAUACCCAAAACUAGUUAUAUCACAAGAACUAGCGACAGCUGGCUGGAUGACUACUUUGACUGGAGCGCAAGUCCUGAAUGCUGCAAAUAUCGGAAAAAAGAUCAUGGAUUCUGCCCACAUGACGGAUCUGUUUCCAAAUGUACCCCAUGCAACCUCACCAUGCGUGCAGACAACCACAGACCAAAUUCAGAAGACUUUGAACGAUAUGUAUCGUUCUUCCUUCGUGACAAUCCAGAUGACACAUGCCCGAAAGGAGGGCAUGCAGCAUAUAGUCAAGGAGUUACCUUCGACAUCAAUUACACUACAAACCUAUCCAAGGUACAAGCAACAUAUUUCAGAGCCUUCCACGAUGUUACCAGGACUUCUGUAGAUUUUUAUGAAAGUAUGAGAGCUGCAAGGAAAAUAGCAGCAAACAUCACGAAAACAGUUGGAGUUGAAGUUUUCCCCUACUCGAUAUUUUAUGUGUAUUAUGAGCAGUACUUGACCAUGUGGAGAGACACCUUAUUCAGCAUAGUGGUGGGUCUUGCUAGUGUAUUCGUAGUAACAUUUCUUCUGAUGGGAUUGGAUAUAUUCUCAAGUUUUGUGGUGGUCGUUACCAUAACAGCAAUUAUUAUAAACGUCUGCGGCCUCUUAUACUGGUGGAAUGUACCGCUGAAUGCAAUAUCGCUCGUAAAUCUAGUGAUGGCAGUUGGAAUAUCCGUGGAAUUUUGUUCUCAUUUAGUGCACAGUUUCUCAAUUUCUGUUAUGCCUAGUCGAAUAGAGAGGGCGGCAGAUGCUCUGACCAGGAUGGGUAGUUCAAUAUUCUCAGGAAUCACCCUUACGAAAUUUGGAGGAAUCAUUGUUCUGUACUUUGCAAAAUCGCAAAUAUUGCAAAUUUUCUACUUCAGGAUGUACUUGGGAAUUGUGGUGUAUGGGGCAGCUCAUGGACUCAUUUUCUUACCUGUACUGCUCAGUUUUAUAGGAUCACCCAUGAAUAAAGAGAAGUUGGCCAAACACAGGAAGUUAAAUGGAGUACAUUACCAGGAAACCAAUUUUGACAGAGCGUGAUGCAGAAUAGACAUAAUAUAUUUGUCCUCCAACCACAUCUGUGCGGACCAGAUAAGUCGACUGUGGUGUCACAUCUGCUGCCAUCCACAUCCUGUUAUUAGGUAUGCUGUGACUAUGAUGCUACAAGUUCAAUGACAUAAACAUCAAUACAAAAAUCAAAAAGUUCUUGUGUGAUAUUAUUCUAUUUUGUCAUGGGUGUGAUGUGUAAACAAUAAGUAUGUGUAAAGUAUUCUAGUAAAAUUUUUAGAUAAAGAAUUGUACCAAAGUAUUUGAAGUCAACUGAAAUGUAACUCACUAUUUUAUGUUGUAUCAAUAAUAUAACAGUGUUGUCGCUGGCUAUUUGGUGAUGUUUAACGUAACAAGUGUUCAGUUCAAAUCACACAAAUCACCAAAUAGUCGGCUCAUACAAAGAGCGGGUGUAAAGAAAUUAUAAUUUUUUUAAUCAGAAACUUGUCACUGAACUUAGCGAAUAAAUUUUUGACUGUUUUUCCUACAAGUUACGUCUUGAAUCUUGUUAGUUUUUAUAAUUCGAAUAGUGAUUAUUGACCUGAGAAUUUGUAGUUACAAACUUUCAAAUUCUUUGUUGUUUGAUUUAUUUACUGUAACAUUGUUUCACACAAAUGUGAAAGGCAGCUAUUUGUAAUGAAUGUUAAACUCAAAUAUUGAUAUUGAACUGGUGUAAUGUGAUCCAGAAAAUGCACAGCUUUACAAAUGAUCCAGCAUCAACAAAAGAACGGAAAGUGAAACCAAGAAUCGGUAAACCAAUUAGCAAAUUUGUUGAAAUGAUACAAUUUGGCAAAUAUACAAUUUCUUUUUCCCUUCAAUUAUACAUAACGUCCAUUUUGUUUCAUGUCAUUUUCCUUUUGUGAAUCUCAUCUCUGUAGCUGUCAGUUUUGUUCUUUAUUUUUCUGUUAAUGUUCAAGUUUAUGCUCCAUGUAAGAGUAAUGGUGUCAUGUACAGGAGAGGAUGUACAUUUAUAAAAAAUGAUGUUUGAUACUGUAUACAACUUGUCCCCUGUUGUUAUGUCCUUUAUACAUUUUUCCAUCUUCUGAUGUUAUGCAACCUAAAUAUUUGCACUUAUAAUUCUUCAUUGCCUAUUUUUAUUUUGAGCUGUUCAUGUCUCGAAAUUAUCAAUUUUUAUCUUCUUCCUACUAAUCAUCCCAUUUAUUUAUUUUUGAAGGUUUGCUGUCUAUUCAGAAGUGUGUCUUCAUAUUUAGCAAUAAUUAUUACUAUGCUAUUGGCAUAUCAGAUUUUUUUUCAUACCUACUUAAUUAUCAUAUAGAAUCAAAAAUAAAACAAAUCAACGUAAUGGAACAAGUACAGUCAGCAGUAAUAUCCAACGUAAUGGAACAAGUACAGUCAGCAGUAAUACCAUUUUUUUACCAAACUUUUUUGGCACAAGCCCCGUCAUUAAUAUACUCCAAAUACAAGAACACGAGUUUUGUUUCAUUAAUGAUUAGAUAUUUUCUCCCUGAAUCCACAAUAACGACAAAUAGAAACAACUUGGUGAACAUUUAGGAAAGCAUUGUAAGAAAUAUGCAUUAAAAUCGAAAAUAAUUUUUUUGUGAUUUGUGUAACAAUGGUAAAAUGAAAAAUCUACCGGGGAUUUGGUUAAAAAUUAGCAAUGAUUAGUUCUAAGACUCUUGAAUCUUAUUCAGAUAUUGUGAAGAGGUGUACCUUUUCCAAAGUUUACCAAGGCCUUUUUAUAUUUGAAUAAGUGAUGUAUCUCCGAAGUGUUGGUUAUGAAUGACACGUAAGAUUUAUUUGUAUUAUAUUCAUAAGAUUAUUGUAUUAGCUAUAUUACCGUGUUAGGAAUCACACAGUUAAAAGGUAAGACCUCGUUAGUCCUCAGCUCGCACAAGUUACGAAUUUUGAUGUCGUCCGUAGGGGGUCGACAGCUGAUUAACGGAAUAAUAGAUUUUAAACAGACAGACAGAACAGAUAUUUAUUAGAGAAACGAAAAAUGUACUUUUGUUUACUGUUUAAAAGUUACCAAUGAAACCUUAAUAACAUCCUGUACUUUCUUCUCAUUACUCAUAAGCAAAAUUUCUUUCUAGUCGAAUUGAAAAACAGUGGAGGAGCGCUCAUCUUGUUACUUUCUACUGUUGCAAACCACAGGGUCUGAAAGCCAAGUUUAUACUAUUGAAAAUUGAAAAAGAAUGCAGACUUCUUGAAUUUACUAGCGGUUUUUUCCUAUCAGAAUGUCAAUAUUUCUUUUUUACGACUCUGUUCAUAUUCCAAAAAAUUAAACUAAGAAAAUUAUUUAUGAAUGAAAUUAUCUAUUUUAUAGCUGAAAUUUGUAUUGGAAUAAAUGUUAUUUUGCAAAAAAAGUAUUUACUUAUCCUUUUCAAAUCUUAAUAUACCUUAUAAAUCUUAAAUAAUACCUUCAUUUAGCAUAGCUAAUAUACAAAAGUCAGUAUUAUGUAAAAUUCUAAAUGAUAUAAUUAAUAAUAACAGUUUAACAAAAUAUGACUCACACAUAUUGAUAGAAUAUUGACAUUUACGUUUGAAAUGCAGGAAGCAUAAAAAUUACAAACAUUAGACUCUCCCAGCUGAACAAAGAGAAUCAUCAUUGACAGCAUAGUUAAUUGUAAAUUCUUGCCUGUUUGCUGAUGACCUAAAGCUAUAUUUGCCUAUCGAAAGUAUUAAAGAUUGUCAUAAGAUAUAGGAUGAUAUCAAUUCUCUAUAUGUUUAAUCUGAAAAUAAUGAGAUGUCGUUAAAUCAAAGAAAAUGCUUCUGUGAAACAAUUGCUAGAAUAAAUAACAAAAUAGUCUUCAACUACGUUCUUGAUGAUGUCAAUCUAAAACGGCUGAAUGAAAUGAGAGAUUUGGGUAUAUUCUUUGAUGUGAACCUUUCAUUCAUCAACACCACCAACUUCUUGGUUUUGUCUUCCGGAAUUGUAAGGAUCAAACAGUGGAUGCCACCAGUCCGAUCUCAUUAUACUGUACAUAUAACUAAUAUUGAAGCAGUACAAAAUAUAUUCCUCAGACUUGUUGCUUUCAAAUCUGGCUUUACAGUUGGAGAAUAUGAUUAUUCAGAUAUACUUGAUAUUGCGAAUUUUCACAUCCUACACAACUAGAAUGAUAAUUUUAAGUUCAUAUCAUUUAAAUUUUAUAUAAUUACAUUGAUGUAUGUGUACACUUAUACAUACUUUAAGGUUAAGUUAGUAUUAAGGAAACACUGUAUUUGUAUUAUUUAUUUAUCCUCAUGGGGAUUACCAGUAUACAUAAAUGAAUUUGAAAAAAAUUUGCACAAAUAACUGCUCUGCCUAUGAAUCAACUGAUAUUGUGAAAGCAGUAUCGAAUCCUACUCUGAGUUAAAAGAUAAGCUAAUCGUUAGCUUGCUCCCAUUUAGACUUUUGAGGAUUGUUAUUGGAAUAACAGCCGGUUAAUUGAAAAACUCAUUUUGAACCUUUCAUCUCAAAACUAUUUUUUCACUACCUGCCUUCGCAUUACAGUGUACAUUUGUGUUUCAAUUGCAAAUUUUGAAAAUUAUAUAUCCAAAAAUUUCUAUCGACAUCUGAAAAUAAAAAAAAUUCAAGCAAUGAA